AACCAGGUCAAUCCUCUAAGACUUCAUCCAACUGUUAUAUAGAAGCAUCAAACCACUGAAUCUCUGAGCAUUAUUGUAUCCUUAACUCUGAUGGCUUCUGCAUCAUCAUCAACGCUUAGUUUCUUCCUCCUCUUUGUUUUACUCUCAGUUGUAGCCAAGGCCCAACGAGAGGCCACUUUUACCUACCCUGGAUUCAGUAAUAUUAAUGAAACUGAACUUAUCCUCGAAGGAGCUACCAUUAUCAAAUCCAGUGGUUUGCUUAGGCUCACCAACUCAUCAAACAAUAUUGCAGGCCGCGUUUUCCACUCCCAGUCCAUACAAAUGCUUUCUAAUUCAACCCCACACCGUAAAGCUUCUUCCUUCAGCACAUCCUUCGUUUUUUCCAUUGUCUCUUCGACCUCUGGGUCAGGAGGCUUUGGCCUUGCUUUCACCAUCGCACCAAAAACCCAUUUCCCAGAGGCGGAAGCUGAACACUUUCUUGGUCUCUUUAACCGCAGCAAUGAUGAGAACCCUUCGAACCACAUAUUUGCUGUUGAGUUUGAUACGGUUAAUGGCGCCGGUAAAGGUGAAUCUGACACCAAAGGUGACCAUAUUGGGGUCAAUCUAAAUGGCGUAACCUCAGUCAUUGACGAACCAGCUGCUUACGUUAUUGAACAAGGCCCAUAUGCUCGAAAGAAGGAAAACAUCAGUUUGGAGCAAGAUGAUGCUGUACAAGCUUGGAUAGAUUUUGAUGGUGAUGAGCAAACUGUGAAUGUGACCAUAGCUCCAAUACGAGCACCUAAACCCUUCGAACCACUUAUAUCCAAUCAUCCCAUCAACCUUGCUGGUAAUUUAACGGAAAAUGUAUAUGUUGGUUUCUCUGCAUCAACAGGGAAGCAUAAAGCAAGUUCUCAUUACAUUUUGGGGUGGAGCUUUGCAGUCAAUGCACCUGCUCCUUCGCUUGACAUUGAGAAACUUCCACGUCCACCACCAAAAGUGAAAGACACUUCCUCUUUUCCUUGGGUCAACUUUGCCAUAGGAGUUUUGUCUGCUUUAACCUUGCUAUUGCUGUUUUGUUUGUGUUCUGUAACAUUGUACAAGAGGUACACCAAUUUUGAAGCUCUUGAGGAUUGGGAGCUAGAUUGUCCUCACAGAUUCAGAUACAGAGAUCUUCACACCGCAACGAAAGGUUUCAAGGAGAGUGAGCUAAUUGGAGUUGGAGGCUUUGGUGCUGUCUACAAAGGUGUCUUACCUUCCACAGGAACUGAGGUUGCUGUGAAGAGGAUUGUUCGAAACCCAAUCCAAGGAAUGAGGGAAUUCGCAGCUGAGAUUGAAAGCUUAGGAAGAUUAAGACACAAGAAUUUAGUCAAUCUUCAAGGAUGGUGCAAGCAAGAAAAUAACCUUCUUCUAGUAUAUGAUUAUAUCCCCAAUGGAAGUCUUGACUCACUCCUCUACAAUCAAAGCUUUGUUUUGGAUUGGGACCAAAGGUUCAAUAUCAUCAAAGGCAUAGCUAAUGGACUAUUGUAUCUGCAUGAAGAGUGGGAACAAGUCGUGGUCCAUAGAGACAUCAAAACCAGCAAUAUCCUCAUAGAUGGAGAUUUUAAUCCUCGUUUGGGUGAUUUUGGCCUUGCUAGGCUGUAUGAUCAUGGUGAAGUAUCACGCACAACCAAUGUGGUUGGGACAAUUGGGUACAUCGCACCAGAAUUGACUCGCACAGGAAAGGCUUCUACAUGUUCGGAUGCGUAUGCUUAUGGGGUUUUGCUCCUUGAAGUAGUUAGCGGGAGAAGACCCAUUGGCCCAGAACAAUUCGUUUUGGUAGAUUGGGUCAUUGAGAAUUACCGCUUGGGUCAGAUUCUUGAAGUUAUUGAUCCAAACUUGAACUCAGUUUGUGCAGAAGAGGUGGAAUUGGUUCUAAAACUGGGUCUUCUUUGUUCUCAAUUUAAUGCUGAGUCAAGGCCUACCAUGAGACAGGUGACAAGGUACCUAAACUUUGAUGAUCCUCUUCCUAAUAUUGCUGGUAUCCGGCACAAGUAUUCUCUGAGCAGUAGAAUGAGCUUGGAUUUCUUAGAAGGUGAGAGUACCAGUGCAAUCUCAACAUCCCUUAAUUUAUCCUCCAUUAACGACAUGACUAGUAUGUCUAUAGAAGCAGGUAGAUAGCAUAUAAGCAAUCUUGACACAGAAUGUGCAACUUUCUUCCAUUUCCCCCCCGAUCAACCAUAGUUGUAGCCAUGCUCUUCCACCAGAUUGGUGGGGUAUUCCUCCCUAUUUGCAUUUUCGUAUAAUACAGCCAUUUUUAUUCUUUCUUUUCUUUUGCUUUUUGUGUUUUUGUCUACUUCCAUUUUGUUCUUUACAUAUACAUUGUUGUGUGGAUAAUAUUCAAAUGAGAAAAGGGAUUGACUAAGAACAUUCUUGAAACUAUUCCACCCAUAUUUACUAACAAAGCAAUCGAAUGACAACGAUCAAAACCCGAAAGGGAGAAUCAUAGUAGAGUUGCAAAGGAAGUAUACACUCCAUCUUUUCUUACAAGACAUUCUUAACUAAUUUUUAGAU